ACUUCUGCUAUCUUGUCACUGCCCAAGAUAUAAACUUGAAAUGCCAAAAGGUUGAUUACUACACUCGUUUUGUAGGGAUCAUGAUCUUUAAGAAGCCCCAAGGGGAAAAUAUCAAUAUUAAUGAAAGCUGUCUUGUAUCCUCGUUGAUCUAUAGAAUCCACACCCCGUUCCGUAACUUUGCACAUUGCAUCCGCUCCUGCGUUCUUGGUGAUGUCCCGGAAUCCUGGAAUAGAGUGGUGCCAAACAAAAAGCAGGAAAGCAGCAGGAGGACUAAAAAGAAUGAGCUCUUUCAUAUGGCUGCGACCCAGCAGGGUAACCGUCUUCAGGUUGACAAGGAUGCGUCAAAGGAAUCUAAAACAAAGAACAAUGUCCGUGUUGGUGAUGUUGAGGAGGUUGGCAACCUUAAGAAGGUUUUGGCAGCUCAAGAGGAAGAACUCAGCAGGCUAUAUUCUGAACUGGCAAAGAAGGAUGCACUUUUGAAGACCUAUGAGGUGGAGUUGGUUAAGAACAAACUUUCGAUUUAGUGGAGAGAUGGAAGACUAAUGGUCCAUUUCUUUGUGAUCUCUGGUGUAUCGUGUAAUUUAGAUGGGCGCUUACAGUGGUAUGAGAUAAGAAAGAAGAAGUAUUUAAAGUAAUAAGUAUUUAUGUGUAUCUUGUUUAUUGUUAAUAAUGUUAAGCUUGGAAACACCGUGAACUUUCACUGUUGUAACUAUUGUGCUACUACUUUAUUUUUUGUUCU